CGCGUGUGGUGCUUUAAAGAACGAUCAGCUGUAUCUGACAAAGAAGUGGGUGUUUAAUUCCAUUGAUAAUUUCCAGGACUUUCGCAAAGUAUUUACGUUGGACGGAGUUCUACAUCAAAUUUCGUGGUACAAAUAAAAGGGACUUCAGAAAGAAAAGAGAAGAAAGACAGGAACAAAAAAGCCAUGAAGACUGGAAAGAGGAUUUUCAAGAAAAUCAAACAAGGGUGGGGAUCCAAUUCUGAGAACCAAUUGUAUUCACCACUGGUUCAAGCUCAGCAGACAACAACAGGCACUGAUAGAGGAAUAGAAAACGAGAAACUAAAUUCCAAUGGAAUAGAUACAAUGAAAAACAAGGAAACACGAUCGAAUUUGCCAGCCUGGCAGAUCAGGAAGAAAAAGGCAUCUAUGCCUAGGCCAAAAAGUACUGGAUAUCUGAAAGAUUUCAACAUUCUCUCUGCCGAGGAUGAUGUUGAAGAUGACGCAGACACAGCAUAUGAUGAUUAUGUAUUGUCCAGACAAGCAGCUGUUGGGAUGGAUCUUGCUAAAAGAAAUGGAUACACAAUUAAUGAAGGCAUAGGCGAAAGCAACAAAGCUAGUUAUAACGUUAGGAAAGAUAUUAAGGAUGUUACUAAAGAUUUCCAUGGGAAUGUUAUUGGUUACACUGAUGUUCAUACUGUCGGUGAUAGAGGUCAACAAUUCAAAGUCAAUGAAACAAAUGGCCGUCUUGGUGGUGCUGAUUUUUGUAAUGAUUUUGAGGAAAAGUUUAAUUGUGGUUUGUCAAAAACUCGCCAGAGAAGAGACGAUGUUGUUCUGACAAGGGAUGUAAGUGGCAGAGCAGCAUAUUGGCAGAACCGUGAAGAUGACAGUAGAAAACCAAAUAUAUGUAGUACAUCCUCUGGUGUGAAAAGGAACUGGACAACCCCAAGACAAAUUCGACAAAUGAAAGAUCAGGUUGAUCCAAACGAAAUGACGCAAUAUAUCUACGACGCAGGAGUUGCCAAUCGUGCUGCCAUGUGGCAGAAACUAGAAGAUGAUCACUUUGAAAAGAUGAUAAUAAACCCAGACAAAGAAUGGAAAGGACCUAAAGUAAGAGUCGUCUUGCCCACGGAUCACCCGGAAUACGGACGACCCCCUAAAGGUUCGAAGACAGAAAAGCGCGGCAUAAAAGCACAUAAACAUGUUGUGAAAGAAAUUGGAGAACUUUGUUUAAUGAUUGCCGAAAAUGGUGAACUACAGGAUGAUGGAACGGUGACCAUCACUUUCAGGAAACUUUUCCAAACGUAUGUUGCUAUUUCAAACAAAGUUGUAGGUAUACUAAUUAGAGCAAGAAAACGUGGUUUGUUACACUUCAAUGGAGAGAUGUUAUAUCAGAGACAGGAUGAAGAAGAAGUUAUAAGAUUAUUUAAUGUUCCAGAUCUAUUAGAAUAGAUACCAUGAUCUCGUGUGUAUGUUUUUCGUUGUAAGUUGUAGAUUCUCAAACUUUCAUAUUUUUUAUACGAUUUACAUUUUUUGUAAUUUUCAUUUUUAGGUCAUAUAUGAAAGUUGUAUUUUGGAAAGUUUAGUGUGGUUUUAUGUACAUGUAUAUCAACAUUUCUUCUUUUAUUAGCAGCUUCAUAAUAGUAAUUAAAACAUCUAAUUUGGCGUUAAUACAGCGUAGCCAAAUUUAGUUUUUUUUUUUAAAGGGGGAUCCCUUUUCUUGUUCCACGCCAUUUGAGUAUUUGGACCGUUGAACAUGUAAAGUAUAAGAUAAUAAUGUGCAUACUAUUAUGGUCCUGCCGUAAUAUAGAGUUCAAUUUUGAAAUCAAAACUAUGGUCGUGAGACGAUAUUUAGAAAGAAAUGUUUGUAUUUUUAUCACAUUUUGCAAUUUACAUAGUCACAAUUUUGCUCAUCACAUUAAUUAGUUAAACAAUAAUUGUAUCAGCCUUAUCAAAAUAUUUUCCAACCUUGUGCGUUAGUUUUAUCGCAAAAUGAAGCAUCUUGGAAGUAUGAAUCCUUUACAGAGGUAAAAUAGCAAUGCUUGUUUCAUGCAUUUAAUUUAGCGUACGUAAAACGUACUUUGUUUUCCAAAGAUGCAAAACUUCGGAUGUAAGGCUUACAACUUGCGCUGUUGCAUGGUAAAAUGCGAAAAGGAACAUAUAACAGGAAAGGUGUUUGUAUUAGGAUAGAAAUGUUCCACCACAAGGUUCUGUUCAUGUCAUGUUAAACCCAGUUAAAUGUAUAUGGAGUUUGUUACAUAAUCGUUCGUCCGUAUUUAUUUAUUUAUAGCGAUACAACUUCCAGAAUAUACAUUAUAUAUAUUAGUUGAUAAAUAUAUAAGAAUUCUUUUGAUUAUACCCAAGGGAACUUCCUGUAAAUAAAUCUUAUAUCAACAGGAAUAACUGCCAUUUCCUAAAUUUACACGGGGAAACUCCAUACUAAAAUUCACGACAAAAUGGACGAUUUUCCCCCAUAUUGUUGGUUUUCCUUUUGGACAGUUAUGUUCCUUUGUCCCAAUCUUGCGGUGUUUAUAUAUUCUAACUCGUUUGCUAUGCCCAUGUAUGUAGUGUGUAGAUUUUAAUGCACGUUAUUUGAGUAUCACUGGUAAAGUGCUAGGGAUUUCGCUACCACAAAAUACUUAAAAUCUUAACUAAAUUAUGUUAUUGAUACACUGUUUAGUUUGGAUGUUUGCUUGUACCUGUAGAAAACUUAUUUCUAGCGGGAUAUCGAAUCAUAAUUUUAACGGUGAUGUUGUCUUCAGAACACGUAAAUUUAGAUUCGAUCCAUGUAAACUGAUCGAUCUUUUAAAUAAACUUAUUCUUAAAGUUUAUCAAUUUAACACUGUAAUGCUAUCUUUGAAUAUUGUUUUUAUCGGUACUUACAUUGAUUUUGUUAUCAAUAAAUCAAAACAUUACUAAA